CUUUACUUGUAACAUUUCUUUAAUUAGCAGUUUUAAGAGUUGAUAUAUUAUCAACUAGUGAUGGAAAGAAAUCAAAUGCAUAGACAAAUUGCUAACACUCGCAAAUCCUUUUUCGACCAGGGAUAUCUGGAUGAACAAUUUAUACAGUUAGAAGAGUUGCAAGACAAUUCCAAUCCCAAUUUCGUGGAGGAAGUUGUCACGUUGUUCUAUCGUGAUUCUGCUCGUUUUCUCCACAAUCUUGAUCAAGCCUUGGAAAAAAGGCCUUUGGAUUUUAAUAAAUUAGACAGUCUAAUGCAUCAGUUUAAAGGCAGUAGCUCUAGCAUUGGAGCCAAGAAGGUCAAAACUGAGUGCACCAACUUUAGGGCUUACUGCAAUGCCCAAAAUGCUGAAGGAUGCAAGAGAACUUACCAACAGGUCAAAAGAGAGUAUACAACUCUCAAAAAGAAACUUGAAGCUUAUUUUCAGAUGUCAAGACAAGUUGGGCCUAUUGAAAUGGCAUGUCGGCCAAGAUAGAAGAUUUGGGACUAUAAUGGGCUGAAUCUAGCCCAACUUUUAGACUAUGUGUACCAACCCAUUGGGCCUCGUCGUAGUAAUAGUGUUAUUGUUGUCAUAAAACGAGGUCUUAGAUGAGAUAGGAGGUAUACUUCAGAAGCUGGUAUCGUAGUGG